UUCAACUAUCGUAAUGGUACCUUCUCUUAAGUCCAGAAAUAAUAAUAAUAAUUCACUUGAUAAUAUCGAUAGUACUGCUUCUAAAGAUUUGAAAUGGGCAGUCGGAUUAAAUCGGACAGUUUUGAAAAUUCUUGGUGUAUGGUACUAUAAUAAUCAAUCACCAUGGCAAACAUUAACGUUUAAUUUUCAAACAUUUAUUUUUGUAAUUGGAAUAUUCACCUUUGUAACAUUUCCUCAAACAUUAGCAUUGAUUAAAAUAUGGGGCGAUUUAACACUAAUUGUUGACAAUCUUAUUGUUAAUUUACCGAUUACAACAUGCGAAUUAAAAAUAUUUAUUUUAUGGUGGCAUAAGAAAGUUUUGGUAGCGCUAUUCGACGAUAUUGAAAAAGAUUGGCAUGGUAUUAAAAAUGAGUAUGAAAGAAAUAUAAUGAUAAAAUACGCAACAAUAUCAAGGAUAAUGACAAUAUGUGGAUUAUGUGGCGCUUUCUUCAGUCUUAUAUUGUAUCAAGGCCCAUUAACAUUUGGCAUUGUUUUACGUACAAUAACAAAUCUGACAGAUGAUCCUGAUAAUUUAUUUUCUCUUCAAGCUGUUUAUCUUUAUGAUACUUCAACAGCUUACAGUUACUAUUUGACAAGAAUAAGCCAAAUUGUUGGAUGUGGGCUUUCUGCUGUUGCUUAUACUAGCGCAGAUGUACUAUUUGGUAUGAUUGUUCUUCAUGUAUGUGGUCAAUUGGAAAUACUUGCCAGUCGAAUUCAAGUAAUUGCUGACAAACCACAAUAUUUUUCACGGCUACUGCGAGAACAUGUAAAGAAUCACGUUCGACUAAUUCGGUUUGUGCAAGAUAUUGAAAAAAUUUUUAGUUUGAUGUUACUUGCAUUGUUUGGUUCUGUCGCUAUUACAUUUUGUAUUCAAGGAUUUCAAUUUAUAAAUGUUUUUACAGAUACAACAGUUGAUUUACCAAUUACACAAAUGGUUUUUUAUAUGCAAUUUUUAAGCUACUGUUUAUUUCUAACAUUUGUUUAUUCGUGGGUUGGUGAAACUCUUCUUACUCAGAGCAGUGCAAUUUAUACGGCUGCUUGUGAUUGCAACUGGAUAUCUUGUGAUCAUAAUGAAGUGAAAGAUAUUAUACUUAUGAUUUUUCGUUCUCAAUACCCACUUCAAAUUACUGCAGGAAAUUUGAUACCCUUGUCGAUGAAUACAUUUGUUCAAUUGCUGAAAACUUCGGGUGGUUACAUUUCUUUUUUACUUGCUGUAAAAGAAUAAUUUCAAUUCCAUUUAUUAUAUAACUAGCAGAUCCCGCCCGCUUCGCGGACUAUAAAAAUGUAUUACUAAUAUAAUUUAUAUACAUAUUAGUAAUUUAUACGCGUAUUUUUUACAGUGUAAUUCUUUCAAUUGAGCAAAUAAAAAUA